AUGCAGUUGCUUGUUUACGUCGCGUUUUUCACCAUCGUGUGGACGACGGCGUCUGUGCGUGCGGGUCCUAUCGUCACGACUACACUGGGCAGAGUAGAAGGAAUUACAAGUCGUGCACACGAUGGUACACCAGUGGAUGUGUUCAGGGGAAUACCAUACGCUCUUCCACCAGUUGGAGACCUCAGAUGGAAGGCCCCUUCUCCAGCCGAGCCAUGGAACGGUGUCUUCGAUGCAUCACAGUUUGGUGCCGCCUGCCUUCAACUGGACAGUAAUACACUUGAGAUCCCGUCAUAUGGCACAUACAGCGAGGACUGCCUCACUCUGAACGUGUACUCCCCUGAUGUUUCGACGAUGGCGAAAACAUUUCCAGUGAUGGUGUGGAUCCAUGGCGGUGGUUUCAAAACAGGAACUGGGUCAGAGGCCAUGUAUGAAGCGGAGGAGCUGGUGAGGAAGGAUGUCAUAGUUGUCACCUGCAAUUACCGACUCAGCGCCUUAGGUUUAUUUCACCGCGCAAUCACUCAGAGCGGUAGCUCACUCGCCUCUUGGUCGGUGGAGCAAGCACCACUUGCUGUGACCCUGUAUGUAGCAGAGCUGGUCAACUGUCCGUCAGCAAAUAGCAGUGACCUGGAGGCACACAGGGACAUGAUGGAUUGUUUGCGUCAAGUCAAUGCAAGCGAGCUGAUGAUGGCUCAAAAAUAUAUCGAAAAUUGGAGUCCAACUGUUGAUGGGAAAUUCCUCCCCAAUAUGCCCCUAGACCUGCUCACAUCAGGGCAAUACGCUAAGGACGUCCAGCUGAUAAUAGGCACAACGAAGGAUGAAGGAAUCGCUUUCGUUCCGACGUUCGCGGGCGUCGGGAUUCUUAAUCUGACUUACGAAAUCCUUGUGGAGGAACUGAUACCUGUGCUGUUAGAGGCUGCAAUAUACUCAGAUCCUACAGGAGUGUUGGCAGAAUCCGUCCUGUUUGAGUAUACGAAUUGGGAUGAUCCCAGAGGAAAGGGUCACCUUAACGACAUCUCUCCAAACUCCAACAUCACAAACAAGGAGGGCGAGUGGAACACGAUACAGUCUGCAUCCGAGGAAAAUGUUGAAGAUAUGAUGCACGUGACCUUUCUUACAGUUUUACGAUUCUCUGCUAUGAGGACUGCACCUGGUGGGAAUGUCAAAACAUAG